AUGGACCCAUACUAUUACAAGACCGUUCGAGUGAAAAAUAAUUAUGGUGUCGAGUUGAAUAUUGUAAAUGUGACUGAGGACGAUUUUGGACUCUACACUUGCUUUGUGAGCAAUCAUAUCGGCAACGACUUCAGUAGUGCAUUCCUCAUCAAAUAUGUGAAACCCACGGUUCCUGUGACAGGUCAGUAUCUGUUAAAAACACGACGCAGCAAACUUUCUCGUAUGCACACCUAGCAGAGCGACUGCCUCUUUAAGUGAAGCCUUUUUGCAUAUUCGUUGUAUGGUAUACCUCUCAGAAAACGUUCUUACUUCAUCAAACUUAAUGAUUUAGCUCGUUAAUGCAGAAUUGUCCUAACCGUUUGCGACACAUUUCUUCUAAUUGUAGUUCUGAGAAUGCCAGUGGUCUUAAAUCAAACAAUAUCCCUAUUAUAUCUUCUAUCACAAGAAUUUAACGUUUCAGUGAAUCUAACUGUGAUAUACAUGAGGUGAUCCUUAAACUUCUGGGGGAAAAACGCAUGCAUGGCGAGUAACUAAAUGAAAAGAGUCGAUUUUCUACUUCUCUAGUCCCUGAACAUUUCCAAAUAGCUAACUAUUAUUGAAACUACACGAUUAAACAUUAAGUGCUUCUAUGAAAUGUUUAGUGACUCGCUACAAUUACAUACAGACCAACGCUCUUAGUUUCUCGCAUAUAAAAAUGUUAUUGUACUUGUGGAUAUUGCUCUUAUUCUUGAAAGAUGAACAAACUCACACAAUGGAGAAUUUAGGUGCUGUGGCGAUCAAAAGUAAUAAUUUCUUCUGGUGGACGCUUUAACAUCUUUUGUGCCAUGUCGAGGGAGGUGUCAUAUGAUUGUAACCAUGUCUUUCAAUGCAGCGAAGUCGAAGUCAAAAUGGGAAAUAGGCGCAUAAUGCGCAUGACUAGGAGUGAGGAAUCCUUAGUGUGCCCAUCUCCUACCACUUUUACUAAGAAAACACCAACAUAUAUAUGAAACUCAUGUUUUUCGAGUUUGACUUCGAUUUUUUCGUCAGAUUUGUCCUAACUUCUAUUGUUCAUACUGUCUAUGAUGAUAAGAUAUGAUAACUUUGUAACGUAUUGUCAUUCAUCAGAUCAGAAGACUCAUAAUGCUCUUGUUCCUGGAAUCAUCGCAGCAUGCGUGCUAAUUACUGUGGGUAUUUUAAUCGUUAUCUGUUGGCGUCUUCCAUCGAACCGAAUAAAAAAAUCCUUGAAACCUUCAGUUUCAUUGUCAAGUAAGUCUAAAUUAAAUUUGAAGGUUGGCAGCUUUAUUUAAGAGGUUUGACAAUAUUUUUGUUCAUCUUACUUUAUGCACGUAUUAGACUGAAAGCCGAAAGCUUGAACCAGAGAACGUCCUUUCUGGUCAUUAUAAACCAGCCAGUUAGCCCUCAUGUUCGCAUUGCUUUCAACGGGCUUGAUUAAAAGUUUUACUGUACCAAUUUUUGAACAUAAACCCCUUAGCUAAUAUCAUAUUCUUAUUUUCUUCUUUCAGAACCUACAUUUGAAUACGAUGCGUUCGUUAUUUUCAGCUCCCGAGAUUCGGAUUGGGUGGUUAAAACUCUUAUUCCAACUCUUGAGGAAAAACACCAUUUAAAAUGCUGUGUACAUUACAGAGAUUUCGCUCUUGGAGUACCUUUCCGCGAAAAUAUGGUCAACAGUGUUUACAAGUCUAGAAAAACAAUAGCUGUCGUGUCUAAGAACUUUUUUAAUAGCAAUUAUUGUGGUUCUGAAUUGGAUUAUGCCCUCCAUCGACUUAUGGAAAGGAGAGAUGAUAGUUUAGUCGUAAUCAAAAUUGAUGACGUUGAUAGAGCAAAACUUCCUAAGGAGCUGCGAAAAAGAAGCUACAUAGACCUUCAAAGGUCUGUUGAAAAGGAUCACUGGGACAGAAAACUGGUUAAGUGUUUAACGCUUCCCAGCGAUCCGCCACAGAAACAAAUUCUGUAA